GGAGGGCAUGUCCUUGGCGCGGAGGUGGAGCUGUGGACGGUGGACGGUGUAGCGCGGCGGUAGGCAGUGACAUUGGGCGCCUGGGAUGUGUUUGGCGAGCAGCGGUGGGGAGUCAGCAGCGAGCCCCGUUCACUCCGCCGAAGCUCCCCGCGCAGAGUGAUGUGCUGCGGCAGACAGGCCUCCACAUCCGGACCGCACCGGACCACAGCGAGGAGCGUGCGCCGCAGAUAAACAAACCCCCGGGCUGAUCGUGGACCAGCGAAAUCAAAAAACAAUGGCCAGUACCAAGGACGCCGAGCUGUCAGAGUCCCUCAACACUGACGUCUCCAGCGAGCCAGAGGAGCCCAGCUUUAAAUCCAAGAGUUUGCCCAUCCUCACCGAGAGAGUACCCCACAAGGAGAGACCGCUGACCAAAAGAGAGCAAUGUAAGGAGAGCCUGCUGACCAAGAAGGCGCCACGGGAGGAGAGCCCACGGUCUGAGCGAGAACUCCACAAGAAGAACUCGCUGAACGAGAGGGUACCCCACAAGAAGAACCUGCUGAAUGAUGAGAGAGAGCAAUGUAAGGAGAGCCUGCUGACCCAGAGAGCGCCCCACGAGGAGAGGCUGCUGCCCGAGAGAGUGCCCAAUGAGGAGAGCAUGCUGACUCAGAGCCUACUGACCGAGAGAGUACCUCAAAAAAAGAACCUACUUAACGAGAGAGUGCCCCUUAAGGAAAGCCUGCUGACUGAGAGAGUACCCCUCAGGGAGAACCUACUAAAUGAGCGCGAACAAUGUAAGGAGAGCCUGCUGACGGAGAGACCGGCGAGUGAGGACGGCCUGCUGACAGAGAGAGCCCCCCACGAGGAGAGCCUGCUGACGGGAUCGGCUUUGCUGCAGACGGAAGAGUGCGCCAAGUUCCUCCAAAUCGCCCCGAAAACCGCAGACUCGCGCUACGCCCCCCAACCAGGGAAGUCCGCCUUGAACCGCUCCAGCUCGUACAUGGAAAACUCGCAGAUGCACACGGGGGGGAGGAGAGCGGCGGCGGGUUCUCUGCGCUCCAAGUUCUCCUGGAUCAAACUCCCCAGCAGGAAGCUCUUGUGGGCGAUCCUGCAGGACUCGCGCUGCUUCCUCUUCUGCAUGUGCUACCUGACCUUCAUCCAGUCCCUGAUGGUGUCGGGCUACCUCAGCUCCGUCAUCACCACCAUCGAGAAGCGCUACAGCCUCCGCAGCUCCGAGUCCGGACUGCUGGUCAGCUGCUUCGACAUCGGCAGCCUCCUGGUGGUGGUCUUCAUCAGCUACUUCGGCGGGCGGGGGCAGCGUCCUCGAUGGCUGGCCGUGGGCGGGGUUUUCAUCGCGGUCGGCGCCGCUCUCUUUUCGUUACCUCACUUUAUUUCGCCGCCCUACCAGAUACAAGAAGUGAACUCGUCGCUGGCCAACGAGGGGCUGUGUUUGAACAGCAACAGCAGCGGGCGGGACCACGUGGACAUUACGUCCUGUCCGCGGGAGCAGGAGGGGAACGAGCAUAACCUGUACGUGGGGCUGUUUAUCGUGGCGCAGAUCCUGGUGGGCAUGGGCUCCACCCCCAUCUACACGCUGGGACCCACCUACCUGGACGACAACGUCAAGAAGGAGAACGCGUCGCUUUACCUGGCCCUCAUGUACGUGAUGGGAGCCCUGGGGCCCGCGGCGGGGUACCUGCUGGGGGGAGUGCUCAUCGGCUUCUACGUGCACCCCGAAACAGACGUGCACAUCGACCAGAGCGACCCGCGCUUCAUCGGAAACUGGUGGAGUGGCUUCCUGCUCUGUUCCGUGGCCAUGCUGCUCGUCAUCUUCCCCAUGUUCGCCUUCCCCAAGAAGCUCCCCCCGCGACACAAGAAGAAGAAGAGGAGGAAAAAGCUCAACCUGGACGACUCGAGUGACGACGACGUGCUCAAAGAGAAGAACAAGAGCCAGAACGUGUCCUCCUCCAUGGGCUUCGGCAAAGACAUGAGAGAUUUGCCCCGCGCAGCCGUGAAGAUUCUGAGUAACGUGACCUUCCUGUUCGUCAGCCUGUCGUACACGGCCGAGUGCGCCAUCGUCACCGCCUUCAUCACCUUCAUCCCCAAGUUCAUCGAGUCGCAGUUCGGCAUCCCCGCGUCCAGUGCCAGCAUUUACACAGGUGUGAUCAUUGUGCCCAGCGCCGGCGUGGGCAUCGUCCUGGGCGGGUACAUCAUAAAGAAGUUGAAGCUGGGGGCGCGGGAGUCGGCUAAACUCGCCAUGAUCUGCAGCGGCGUGUCCCUGCUCUGCUUCUCCACGCUCUUCAUCGUGGGCUGUGAUAGCAUCAACCUGGGAGGCAUCAACAUCCCCUACACCACCGGAAAGACCCCUGCGCAGCCUUCAGUAGAAAAAGACGCUACAGCGCAACGGAGUCAGGACGAAGAGGCGCAGCUGGAGGACGUGAAAUACGGCGAGCCGACUCUGACCAUGACCCAGAGGAACCUGACGGGCGGCUGUAACGUCAACUGUGGCUGCAGGAUCCACGAGUACGCUCCGGUCUGCGGCUCCGACGGCAUCACCUACUUUAACCCGUGUCUGGCCGGCUGCAGCAGCGUGUCCAACGACUCCAGCGGGCCCUACGUAGAACGCCUCCUCCCCCGCCUCUUUACGCAGAAAAGGUCUGUGGCGGAGCAGGAGAGGCCCUUCGCUUUGGGGAUGCAGUUCGUGCUGCUGAGGACCCUGGCGUACAUCCCCACGCCCAUCUACUUUGGCGCGGUGAUCGACACCACGUGCAUGCUGUGGCAGCAGGACUGUGGCGUGCACGGCUCGUGUUGGGAGUACGACGUCACCUCGCUGCGCUUCGUCUACUUUGGCCUGGCCGCCAGCCUCAAGUUCCUGGGCUUCCUCUUCAUCUUCCUCACCUGGUACUCCAUCAAGUCUCGGGAGAAGAAGGUGGAGGUGUGGCUGAAGCGGCACCUCUCUCCGGCGGACACGGUGGGCAGCCUGGUGUGCCACCCGGGCGGGCACAAGGGCCACGCGCGCACCCGCUCCUGCCCCGUCAAUAUCCCCCGCCACGAGCCCGCCCCCCUCAACCGCGGCGUCAGCACCCACUCCUGCCCCGGCAACGAGCUCCAAGCCCCGCCCCCGGACACGCCCAUGGCCCCGGACACGCCCACACCCACGCCUACGCCCGACACCCACCGCUCUGCCAUGGUCUGACUGCAGGACCGAGCGCUCGAAUAAGCCGCUGAAACUCCCUGUCCCGCGCUGUGGUGGGCGGGGUCUGCAGUGGCGGGGUCUGUACUGGCAGGGGGCACACUGUCCGGGAAGCUCUGAGACGCUGGGCACACGGUGAGCUCUGUGCCCGCUGGACCAUGGACCCAGCUCUGUCCCGUGACUGACCUGAAAUAGUUUUGGACAAUCUAGCUGUUUUACAAUUAGAAAUCUAGUGAUGUUGAGGAUUUUUGAAUGACUAAAAAAGCCAGUGGAGUGUUACGACGAGCCUCACGACGCGCACAUCGGAGAGCGGCACAUUUACCCCAGUGAAUCCUCCCAAAAGUCGAGCGAUUCUGGAUGGUACAGGCUGGAGAAGUGCCCUUGAACAUAGAACAUGCCCUUGAAUUAAUAAGCGUUAGAUACGAGUUAGGGAUGCACCGAUACUGAAAGAAUUUGCUGUAUCGGUUCCAUGAUAACGGAUGGACCUUUAAUUGAAAAGUAUUUACAGGCUGAUCUGGCAACGUCUCAUAAUAUUUGACCUUUUACUAAAAAUCAAAUUAUUGAUAUCGUUAUCAGAACUAAAAAAGCUGGAUCGGUGCAUCCCUAAUAAGAGUAAGACUUAUUUUCCGAGCGAAAGAUUCACAUUUAAAAACAAUAACAAUAGGUGGAAAUUAGAAAAAAAAAAAAAGAAAAGAAAAAGAAAUACAUACACAGUUUCAAAUGUGCACUAGAUAACUUUUUAGGAGGAUGGAGAUGUUAUUUCUUUGUGUGGAAUGUACGACUUUAAACUUCUCGCUUUUAUACAAUUAUCGGUGUUAAAUUGCUAAAGAAUACCUUGAAAAUCACGCGUUGUUGCCUCUCCACAGAUCUGACCUGUAACUUGGCCUGCUUGUCUCAGAAAAGAAAGACAAGUUUAGUUCCUCGCAAAGCAAUAACAUCUCCGUAGAAACAACAUUUGGGGCACCUGUCGUCAUGAAAGUCAAAUAGAAACAUUUCAUUAGUAGUUGAUUUUUCAGAUAGAAGACGUGUAAAAUGACACACCAUUUCCCACCGGAGAGUUCCCAAUCACCAGUCAGUGAAUUUUAGACGAGACGAGUUUUAUUUGAAGUUAUUUUAUUUGACUAAACUGCAGAAUUAGAGUGCAGACAAUAUUCUGACUGAAAAGAUCUUUGUUCUGAUCGCCCAAAAGUUCUCACGAGUCACCGCUAGUUCUAGUUUAGUCCUGGUCUAGUCCUGGUCUAGUCCUGGUCUAGUCCCGGUUUAGUCUUGGUUUAGUCCUGGUCUAGUCCCGGUUUAGCCCAUGAAUCUGCACAAGUUGCUGUUUGUGCCUGGUAGUGACAUUCUUUUGUAGAGGCUAAAUAAAAACCUGCUUGUCUGUGCAGCUGUGGUGAGUUCAAGGUGCAUAGGACAUUUGGGUUUCAGAAUGUUCCCUCACCUCAGGGCUUUGUAUUUGUUUGUAUUUGUUCAGCAGGAAACGUGCAUCAGUGUUUUUAAAGUAGUUUACAGGAGAGGCCUCGUAAGUAGAACGUCACAGCUGGGACGCCGUGUUGUUGCCAGAUAAACAGGAUCUGGCAACCCAAAGCAACAAGUUCGUUCAGCUUUCUGAUUGGAUUGAACAACUUUUAAGAGGAUAAAAUAAUGAAUGAAAAUGAAAAUUGUUAGCAGUAAAAUAAGUAUUUGAUUUGAACCUGUUUCCUUCAUGUCUGAGGACAAAGAUGAGAAAAAAUUAUGAAUUAUUUGACAGCAUUUUUAAUUUAAAGUGACCCCCGUGUAACUUUCUGGAGGUGCCACAUCAUUUGCAAAGUUAAAAGCAAACUUUGGAACAUUCUCCAUGGAGACAUUUGAUGCUAUAUUGUGGAAUAUUACAGCCAAAGGAACAACGUUUCCAUGAAAACAAGCAGGAGGAGGCCAAAUAAGGCUACGUUCAGACUGCAGCCUGAAGUGACCCAAAUCAGAUUUUUUGGCCCCGAUGUGACCUGUAUCUGAUCUUUUAAUGACAGUCUGAACGACACAGAUCCAAUUUUUUCAAAUGUGACCCAGGACACUUGGAUAUGUGCUCCUGAAACCGAUACAUAUCUGAUCUUUUGACAUGUGACUUUAGUCUGAACUGCCAAAGUGCAUUCAUCCACCUACACGUUAUCGACAAGCCACAAACGUCACUAUUCUGCGCUGAAGUAGGCGAAAAUUGUUAAUGAACUCUGUGUCACUGAAGUGAAGCACAUCACCACUCACCACUCUUGGCUCCGUCUCCACAUCCACACGUUCCUUUCAACGGACUGUCCCACAAAACACCACGGCCAAAAACCUCGUCCUUCUCCUUCUCAAUCUCCUCCUUAAAACAAGUAAGUUGUUCAUGUUCUGGCUCCGGUACGAGAGGAACUUUAAAAUCUCCAGGUGCUCAAUGCUGCGUGUUUGGACAACUUCCGUAAACACAGAGACGCUCGCUGCGGUUGACGUCGUCGUGUCUCCAGUGCACAUGCGGGACACUUUCGGGCCGUUUAAUGUUCACACAGGAGAUCACAUACAAGUCACAUUUAAUUGGAAAUGUCGGAUUUCACAAAAAAAUCAGAAUUGAGCAUUAAUCCCUGCAGUCUGAACGUAGCUUAAGAGUCAGUUUUGUGAAGAAGCCAACUCAGAGUAGGAAUGCAUCUUUUUAUGACAUCGAAAAUGAAAAAAAAACCAAACUGCUUUUAUUUAACAUUUAAUUUCACUUCAAGUUUCAACAAAACGUGGGCUUAAACAAAACGUGUUCUGUUGUCUUUGCAAUAUGACACAUUUCAGAAAUUUAAAUGCAUUUUAUACAUUUUGUAAUGUGGUGUGUUACACAUUUUAUUUUUGUUUCCUGUCGUUUUCUGAAAUGUCAAACAUGUUUAGAUCGGGAACAUUUACUGAACCAAAGAGCAGUCGGCGAUGUCAUGAAUGAAUCAUUGUAAUAAACAAAAGGGGCCGAUGCUACGUUCACGGCCCGUCAGAUUUGUCGGCGUUCCUGUGUGUGACGGAUCCUGAACACCAGAAGAGGAUUAAGGAACUGGGCACUAAACUCAAAAAAAAAAAAAAAAAAAAAAAAAAAGACCAGAAAUGACAUUGUUUUAUACGUCACUUGAAUGCAGCUCAAAAAUUUGACAUUUGCGUAUGAGCCUGAACACAACAAGGUGAAAUCCUCGAUGUACAGAGCCCUCCUGCCCCGGCUGACCCCCGGCUGACCCCCGGCUGACCCCUGGCUGACCUCUGCACACAGCUUCAGUCUCACCUCUGGAACAGGUUUUAAACACUUGUUUGAGCAAUAAACCGUACACACAUUUGGAGAGUUUGAAACGACGGCGCGUGUAAGAAGUCGGAGAAGCUGCUGCUCUGGUCGUGUGAACAUUCUCAAAAGGUCAUGUAUUGUGUUAAACGGACUUUCCAACAACGGUAUGCACUUAUAUCUCAGUCCAGAUCAUAUUUUUGGCUUAAAUUUCAUGUUUUUUGUUGUCUUUCUUCACUCCUCAAUAGUUAUUAUAAAAGGGCCAGUAUCUGAUUUCGAACCAUGACUCAGGAACAUGUUUUAAUUUUAACUUUUAACCCCGUCUUUUUAGUCUUUUCUGCUGCUGCUUUGACACAUAACACAGAAAAUACUGUUUGCGUCUGACUGAAUAGAUUCUGAAUCAGAUAUUACCCAAGAAAAUGCUUUUUUUAAGUGACUACGUUAUAUUUUACCGUCUCAUUUUUUCUAAUUUAGCUGCUUUAACCAAAUAAAACAUGAGGUAACAAGCAUUUAUUUUGACAAUACAUUGAAAUCAGGUACAGGGCCUUUGAUUUUCUUUUAAGUUAUUACACGAAGACGUCAUUAAAAGUAAUUCAAACACACGACAGGAACACAACGGGCUCUAUUCACGCUUACCGGAAGACGUUUGGAAACAUGCGGAUGACGACGACUUCCGGUGUCGUUCCCGACCGACGCUGGGCGAUGUGAUAAAACCGUGGAUUCAGCAGCAGCGUUUUCACAACCUGACAAAGCUUUCACUUCGUAGAAACCGUCUGACCUCGCAGCAUUAGGAUUCGUUCGCUCGACGGUAGGCGGGUACAUUUUUUUAUUUUACCAAUCGCUGCUGUUUGGUCGUGACGUAUGUAAUGCUCCGCCAACGGGGUUAACUGGUAUAUUAAGCUUGUUCCAAAACCUGUAGGAAGAAGGACAAUAAUGUCUUUCCCCUUGAUAAAAUUCACCGAACAUUCUCUUUGUUCUGUCUUUAAAUCCUCUAUCUCAAGAAUC